AUGAAUCAUGGCGCAGUGGCUGCUCUCGACACGUUCAGGAACAUCAGAGCUCUUACAGGCCAGAUGAUACAGACCGAUGCUUACAAAGGCAAGAGGACGCUAUUGCUCUUUCCGAUGUUCCAUGCCUCGGCUAUCAGUACACUCUUUCUCUCCAUCUGGAAUACCGUCCCGACUGUUUUGCCGCCUCCGAUACCAUUGACAGCAGAACUUGCAAACGACAUGCUGGUCAAUUGUAACAUUGAAGCCAGUAUCAUGCCGCCAACAAUCCUAGCCGAAAUUGCAGGCAACCAGGAAUAUCUCGAAAAUCUCUGGAAAUGCAACAGUGUAAUGUAUGGAGGAGGACCACUACCUACCGAGGCCGGCAAUCGCAUCGCUUCAGGUACAACUCUCAUUACGGUCUUCGGAGCUUCCGAGACUGGUUUCUUCCCUGUCGAAGUCAUGCAGCAAGAUGACUGGCGAUACGUCAAAUUGAGCGGCUAUGCUGGCGGUUUGUAUCGCCCAUAUACAGAUAACCUGUACGAGCUGGUCAUUGUGCGGAAGCCUGGACUAGAACCCUAUCAACCCGUCUUCUGGAUGUUUCCUGAUUUGAUUGAAUAUCGGACCAAAGAUCUGUUUUCCAAGCAUCCCACCAAGGUCGAUCUGUGGUUGUGGCAGGGUCGUAUGGACGACAUCAUCGUUCUCAGUAAUGGCGAAAAGUUUAACCCUGCCGCGAUGGAGGACAUGAUCAACGGACAUCCUGCAAUAGAGUCGGCUCUUGUUUGCGGUCAAGGCCGUGAUCAAUGCGCAAUACUCGUGGAGCUUUCAUCCACCGAAUCCAGUGAGGAAGACAAGACCGAAAAGGAAGUCGUUGAAGAGCUGUGGCCAGCUGUGCAAAAAGCCAACGAGCACUGUCCCGAGUAUGGACGAUUGAUGAAGGACAUGGUCGUAGUCGCAAAGCAAGGCAAGAGGAUGGUUCGAGCAGAUAAAGGUACUGUUCAACGCAAACCCACGCUCGAAACUUUUGCUGCUGAACUGGAUCAACUUUACAACCUCCACGACCCUGAUGCGUCUUUGGCUCAAGCAGAUCGUCCAAUGGAUCUUGCCAGCGUGAGGAAAACUGUGACUAGGAUUGUACAAGACAUUCCUGGAUAUUGCACAAUACAGCCCAGCCGCAGCUUUUUUGAUUUGGGUUUCGAUUCGCUACACGCCAUGACUAUAGCCAAGAAGCUUAGGACCGCCUUUUUCAACUCGCCAACACCGAUCACGACCAAAGCUAUCUACGACUACCCAAGCAUCGACCUCCUUUCAUACUUCAUAAGUGGCUUGAGCACUUCGCAAGAAGAUUCCGUCAAGACGAUGCAAAGGUUGUACGAUCGAUAUUCGCCGAUGAGUCGACAAGCACUGCCUCUUAAGACAUCACGGGACGUCAUAGUUCUGCUUGUUGGCUCUACUGGUCACUUCGGCACUCAACUUUUGCACCAACUGUCAAGAAGAACAGAUGUCGAGAGUAUCUUCUGUUUAAAUCGGGAUCCCCACGCCAAUCUCAGACAGAAUACUCUGAACCUACCUUUGAAAGACGCAACUUCGAUAUACAUCAGGUACUUCCAUGCAAACUACUCUGAUCCAAAUUUCGGAUUAUCUGAAUCAGACUGGCUUGUUCUGCAUGGGAAGGUCACUCAUGUGAUACAAAACGCAUGGCCAGUCGACUUUUGCAUGCCACUGUUGCACUUUGAACCUAGCAUUCGUGUCACCGUUGACCUUAUGGACUUUUGCAAAUCUGCAGACCACUGCCCGACUUUCGUGUUCAUCUCUUCCAUAGGCUCCGUCCUUGGCAAUCAUAGAAAUCUCGUCACGGAGGAAGUCAUUCACGAUUGGUUGAGGGCGGAGUCUAUGGGCUAUACACAGUCGAAGCUUGUUGCUGAGCGUCUCAUAGCCACAAUCGCUAUGACUACCGGUGUCAAGAGUGUAAUUUGCCGUGUCGGCCAACUUGGUGGAGUCUUGAAUUAUGGAGUAUGGAAAGACAAAGUACCCCAAUGGCCAGAGAAAGGAUGGUUGCCUGCUAUGCUGGCUUCCUCGCUCAAGCUUGGUGCUAUUCCGUCUUCGCUAGGCUCUCUUGACAGGAUAGAUUGGUUGCCAGUUGAUGUCGCUGCAGCCACUGUGUGCGAGCUCAUGUCUGCCUCGUCUACAGUUCACGAGGUAUGCCAGGUCUACAACGUUGUCAAUCCACAGUCUACCACCUGGGGGAAUCUGUUGCACAACCUGGAAGCUUACGAAGAUCUUGAGAAAGUAGCUUUGAUUGAUUGGAUUUCACUGUUGAGAAAGCGUAUCGAUAGUGGACAGGAGAGUGCCAUGCCGGCUAUGGGACUGAUUGACUUCUUCGAGAGUGCUUGUAGAGCUGCAGUAAAAAGGUCUGUGGUUGAUUGUUCNAGAAGUCUUGCUCUCAGUCCGACUCUCAGAGGUACACAGCGCAUCAGUGUUGAUCUGGUGGAGCGAUGGAUCAGUCAAUGGAGUUUCAGUGGUUGA